UGAAUUACUUUACUUAAAAGUUAAAGAUUACUUCGAAAUACCGAAUCAUUCUGCAUUUAUAAUGUCGGCAAACAAAGUGGACAUAGGGACAUUGGAGAAAAAGAGUAGCUGGCUUCUACAUCCCAGAUUUUUCCCGAGUAAAAUCGGAGGGAAACCUGCAUGGUUAGAUCUUGAAAAUAUCCCUCACCCUAAAGAUUUAACCUGCAAGAAAUGUGGCGAUCCCCUCGUUAUGAUAUGCCAAGUCUAUGCUCCAUAUGAAGAAACCGAUGACGGUUUUCAUCGCACAAUUUUUGUAUUUAUCUGUAAAAAUGGAUCUUGCUGUCAAAUAAAUUCUUCAGAAAACUUAGUAGCGUUUCGCUGCCAAUUACCAAGAAGAAACAAAUUCUAUUCUUAUGAGCCCUACAAAGUGGAUGAGAAUGAAGUAUUUUCCAUGGACAAAUGGCCCAAACUAUGUGAGUUAUGUGGACUCAGAGCACCUUCGCAUUGCUCAAAAUGCAAAAAAACUUACUAUUGCAGUCGUAAACACCAAGUACUUGACUGGCAGAAUGGCCAUAAGCAACUUUGUCCCACUUUGCAGACGGAGGAAGUUCCCGAUAAUUACUUCACAGUGACAGAGGCAGGAAAAAAUAAUCUGUACAAAGAAUGGGAACUUAUAGUGGACGAGGAAGAUGAGGAAACUCCAACAGAUGUGGAUGAAAACAGAGAAAUGGCAAAACUCAAUGAAAUGUUAAAAGAAAAGAAAGCUGGAACAUUGUCCAAUGUAAGUGAAAGUGAAUUGGAACAAUAUGCCGGGAGGGUAGUACCUGAUGAUAAAGUGUUCAACAAGUUUAACAAGAGAGUGGCAAGGCAUCCUGAGCAGGUGCUGAGAUAUGAUAGGGGCGGCACUCCACUGUGGAUUACAGGCAAUGCAGAGAAUUGUGUCACACAAGUUGAAAACUGUGAAUAUUGCAAUGGAGAAAGACAAUUUGAAUUUCAGAUCAUGCCACAGCUUCUAAAUUUCAUCAAUGUUGGUUGUGACAUCAACAGUGUGGACUGGGGAGUCCUGGUGGUGUACACUUGUAAAGCCAGCUGCAACCAAGGCCCUGCUUACAAGAAGGAGUUUAUUAUAAAACAAGAUAUAACCAGCUAAAUAUUUUUUAUUAAUAAAUUAUAAUAAUAUGUAAA